CUGCGCUCAGCGGGCUGCGCGAAGACGGCGAGGCGGCGCUGGGGGGCUGGCUCGGGCGGCAACGGUGGCUGCUGCGGAUGGGAGCGGGCCGGCUCGGUGCGCCUAUGGAGCGCCAGGGCAGGGAUGCCGCCACCUCAGCCGCAGCCGGCGAGUCGGUGUCCGUGGACGCCGAAGCGCGGAGGCGGGAACCGCUCAGGCGCCGGGCGAGUAGCGCGGUGCCUCCGGGGUCCGGGGCGGCGGAGGGCGUGAGACGAGAGCGGCCUGGCUCCCUCAGCGGCACCGCCUCGGCCGCCCGCCCGCGCGGCGAGGGCCUCCGGAAGAGGCGGCCGCUUUUUCCAUGGUUCGGCUUGGAUAUUGGUGGGACCUUAGUCAAGCUGGUUUAUUUUGAACCUAAAGACAUCACUGCUGAAGAAGAAAAGGAGGAAGUGGAGAGUCUGAAAAGCAUUCGCAAGUACCUGACCUCCAAUGUGGCUUAUGGAUCCACAGGGAUUCGGGACGUGCACCUGGAGCUGAAGGACCUGACUCUGUGUGGACGCAAAGGCAAUCUGCACUUUAUACGCUUUCCCACCCAUGACAUGCCUGCUUUUAUUCAAAUGGGCAAAGAUAAAAACUUCUCGAGUCUCCACACUGUCUUUUGUGCCACUGGAGGUGGAUCAUACAAAUUUGAACAGGAUUUUCUCACAAUAGGUGAUCUUCAACUUCGCAAACUGGAUGAACUGGAUUGCUUAAUAAAAGGAAUUUUGUACAUUGACUCAGUUGGAUUCAAUGGACGGUCACAGUGCUAUUAUUUUGAAAAUCCUGCUGAUUCUGAAAAAUGUCAGAAGUUACCAUUUGAUUUGAAAAAUCCAUACCCUCUGCUUCUGGUGAACAUUGGCUCAGGGGUUAGCAUCUUAGCAGUGUAUUCCAAAGAUAAUUAUAAGAGGGUCACAGGCACCAGUCUUGGAGGAGGAACUUUCUUUGGUCUCUGCUGUCUUCUUACUGGCUGUAGCACUUUUGAAGAAGCUCUUGAAAUGGCAUCUCGUGGGGAUAGCACCAAAGUGGACAAAUUAGUUCGAGACAUUUAUGGAGGAGACUAUGAAAGGUUUGGAUUGCCAGGCUGGGCUGUGGCUUCAAGUUUUGGAAACAUGAUGAGCAAGGAGAAGAGAGAGGCUGCCAGUAAGGAGGACCUUGCCAGAGCAACUUUGAUCACCAUCACCAACAACAUUGGCUCCAUAGCAAGAAUGUGUGCCCUUAAUGAAGGUUAUUUUGGAGCUGUUGGUGCACUUCUUGAGCUGUUGAAGAUACCCUGACUUUUACCCAGAGGACUUCCUGAAAGGGGCAUCUGUGGACUUCUGUUUUUUUUUUUUUUUUGAAGAGACUUAAUGUUUUAUGAUCGUGUACUACCCAAAUCAGAGCAAGAAACAAAUGUAUUUUUCUAAGUCAUCAAGAUAAAUUCUUAAAAUUCUGUCUAACCUAGCAACCAGUAAGGAACUGUUUUCUUUUUCCCUGUUAUUCUUCAGUGUAGUACUAUUAACUCCAAGAUGCUUUGAACUCCAAUAUCACCCACUGGAUAUGCAGUGGAGAGCUGUCUGUCCUUCUGCUAGCAGGUGACUGCUUGUCCUGUGGAAAUGUGUUAGAAUCUAACUGGUUUUUGUCAGUAUGCCCUUGAAGGUCGUCUUCUAUGCACAUUCUGGUUCAUGUUUAAUCUCUGUGUUAGCAUACUGAAACUGGUUUAUUUCAAGGUUCUGCAAACUUGGCUCAACAUGAAUUUUGGAAGGGCACUUUCUGUCCUCUAUACUGUGUGGAGAGACACAACUUCUGGUAGAAUUCUCUUGGGUAGGUGAUUGGGACCUGAUGGAGGUGGUGAGCUGGUUGAAAAGGAAGUGCCAGAGCGACAGCAAGAGUGCUUAAUCUUUUCAUACCGAGUGGCAGAGGAGGAACAAUGUUUACUGAAUAACUUACGUUCUUCAGGAUGCUAGUAUGUGGGAUACUUACAGGGAGAUGACUCAGAAGUCUGCUGAGAUGGACAGGCCAUGAGUCACUUUUGAUAGGAACUGGACCUUUCUUCUGUGCAGAAUCAUUUAAGUGUUUUGUAUUUGUUAUUUCUGUCUUCUUACAUUGAAGAAACAAGCUCAGAAGGGCAAGCCUCAAUGGUACACAGCAAGGGGGUGAAUAGUUCUACAUCUCCCAUUACUUGUCUGUUUUCUCUUUCCUCCUGUUCAGCCCAGUGUGAUUCCAUGGGAGAGUUCUUUUUAUUUUUUGAGACAGUGUCUCCUGUAGUUCAGGCUAAUCUCAAAUGUGGAAUAUUGCAGUAUAGCUGAGGCUCACUUUGAACUGCUGAUGCAGUUGCUUCCACAUCUGAAAUGCUGGGAUUAUAUGUGUACACCACUAGUAUAACGCCAUUGUAAAUGCAAAGGGUGUUUCAGCGCCUCAUCCCUGGCAGCUGUCUACCUACUGAUUUAUCCUGACAGUUCCACACUCAAGCUCAGCUGUGGGUCUCUCCAAGCUGUCCUCCUGUUGGUCCCAGCACUAUCUGCAGAAAUGUGUACAUUGCAUCUCACGGCCACCUCUGACCUGUGAGCUGCAUCCAAGUGCCUGUUGGAACCAUCUUGUCUAAGUACUUUCUUUGGAGGCCAAAAUUUCCACCUCACUCCUCCCACUCAGGUAGGAAGGAGGGUUUGUGGCCAUGAAGCACAGAGAAAGUAGCCGGGGCUGUGAGAUGGGAGAAGGAUGCCUGUAUGACGAGGAAAUGUUUCAUGGGCUCUGGUGACUGGUGUAGGAGGUGAGAGAGAGACAGGAGGUGCUGAGUGCCUGGUUUUGAGAACACCCAAAGCAUUGGGACAUUUGAAUUAGAGACAGCAUGGGAAAAUGUGGAGAUGGGCAGUGAAGGAACAGGCUGUAGGGAAAGCAACCUGGAGUAAAGGGACCUGGGAAUCAGAGAGCAAAAUGCUAAACGGGUUCUUGAUGGAAGGGUUAGAAGGAUGCCCAGAGGCAGGUCCAGGAUUAUGUGUGACCUUGGUGAAGUCAUAGGCUGAAGCUGAACAGCUUACUGCCUUGUGUUAGGGGAGGAAAGCAGCCACAUUUACAGGAUUUUGAGGCUUAAGGUUGGGGCAAGUUUUCGUAGUGUUGCAGACUAUCAAAGGAUAAAGCUAUAUACCAAGCUACCUCAAGUGCUGGUGGUAACAGUAGGAAUGGAUGAUGUGGUCUGGCUUCUUGCUGUCACUGAGGCCUGAUGGGUUUUUUCCCAUCAGUGUGCCCCACCUUACCCCAUGCCAAAGGACGACAGGUCAGAGGUCGUUCAGUUUCAUGCCCAUAAGUUGACAGGUAUAUAAUACAAAGUAUUUCAAAAUCUGCCCUUUAUUUACAUGUGUUUGGGUCAAUUACAUGCAUGUUUAAUUUUUAAACAAGUGAUUAGCAAAAAAUGCAUUAAAGUUUUAAAAUAGCAAUUAAAUAUACAAAAAUAUAGCUUACAAAAACCAAUGUUUAAAAAUAUUCUGCUGCAGAAUUCUUAGUGUACAAACAGUCUAUGAAACCUGGGGUUCAGCAUUUCAUAAACCUUUUUUUUUAAGGGAGUUAUAUCUAGUAAAUAAGCCCCAAAAGGCUAAACUACAAGACUAAAGUGCCACUCCCCCACUCUCCUGGCCAUGACUUGUCAAGAGACUCAGAGGCACCAUUUCCAGGCCAUCACCAGGAAGAUGCCCUGCUUCUCCACAUCAGCCAUACUGGAAUGGAAUGGGUGGUGCUGAGGUUUCCGAUCCAUACAAGUCCCUUAACACUGAUAGGGCCAUGUUCUUAGCUACAUCAUGUCUUUGAAACAGCAGGGGUGUGUUCUCCCUGACCCUAUGAACAAAGGAACUAAGAAAGUGGAUACUUGCUUGGUCUAACUAGAAUAAAAGCAUCUUGCAGCAAUUUGGGUUCUAAAGCUGAAUGUGAAAACAGGCUGACAAGUGUUCAGCUCAAUUAGCGUACCCAAAUUGUGUUAAAUCUUAUUUAAAAGCUUUUACCUGGCAUUUCAGGUCCUCAUCUCUAAGAUUUAGAUACUGUGAUGCUUCCAUUUUUUUUAAAGAUUCAUUUUUAUGUGUAUUGAGUGUUUGCUUGCAUGUAUAUGUGUGUACCUGGUGCCCUCAAAUGCCAGAAGUCGUCUCCGGGAACUGAAGUUACAGACUGAAGCUAUGAGCCACCAUGUGGAUGCUGGAAUCUGAACCUGGGUCCUCUGGAAGAGCAGCCAGUGCUCAUAAUCGAUUAACCAGGCUAGAGGUAUCAAGUACCAGAAGGAUGGGUCUCACUUUUCAAGGUUCAUCUGGGGUGAGCACAGGCACACUUAGGCUGCAGGGAAGCAGGUAGGUGGGGCAAACUUUGGGUGGUGGAUGCUGAGGAGCAAGGCACAUACUGCUUUCUUUUGGGGUUGCCUGGAGGAGGCUGCUUUAGUUUUUAAAUUGAGAGGUCAAAAAUGAGCUUAGAAAAAAAGUGAUUUCUGUUUAUGAGAAAGUUGGGUGAGGGGAGAAUUCUGUAGGAAAUAUUUGCUUCUAUAGUGUCUCAUUUGCAGACACUUAGGUGUAAUGACUGUUAACCCUGGGGACUUAGGAGACCUCUAUGUUGAUGAGCCAUGCUUUCCUCCCCCCAAAACACUGACAUCAACUAAGUGACCAUUGCAGCUUGGAAAGGCAACUGGUUCAGGCACCUGAAGAGACUGUUUAGUGCUAGGGGGAAGACUGUCAUUCUGGAGAGGGUAGGGAAAUCAGCUGUGCUCGUUUUAUUAGGGGUAAGGGACAGAUCUGUAAAAGAACCUGCACAAAAGGAAUGUGAAUGUAAAAGCAGCCUCCACUUCUGGCUCACUUUUCAUGUAGCUACCUUCACUUCUGAGAUGGCUUUCUGUAUAAAGUCUCUCAACGAGUACACACCACAAACACCCCUCCCCUGAAAGGAGACAAGAGGAACAAUGAAUUGAGUGCUCAUGGGACACUUUUGUAAGGAAGACAGCUACUGUGGUGUUUGAAUUUUGUGAAGCAUUACCUAUUCAAAGACUAAAGGAAGACUGAGCAACCAAGUCAAGAUUCAGUGUGGAGGCCAGGUAUGCUUUUAACUGCAGCAGAUGCAGAGGAAAAACUGAUCUCUGACUUUGAGGUCAGCCUGGUCUAUAGUUUCAGGACAACCCAGGAACCUGUUGCAAAAAGAUUGACUGUGGUAAAGCCAGGGGAAGCCUCACAGUUCAGGAAGUUCUUGAGUUUGUCACCAGGAAGGUAUGUACUAUCAACAGCUCCUGGUGGUCCCCAUGCCUAUGCCCACCAAACUGGACUGGCAUGUCUUCUAGGAACCAUGCUACAAUUCCUGGGUGGUGGCUAAGGAAAGGAGGUUCUGGGAGGCUGAUCUGAAGAAAAGCACAAAGCAAGUGAGCAGUGAGUGAACAAUUAAUUCAAACUCGUGCAAGCACUUCUACAUAGAUCUCCCUGGAACCUCUAUGGACUCUCAAGUUGUGUUGUACGUGUUCAGCACAGCAUAGAGUGGCUGUUCAAAGUCAGCAAGCUUUGCAACAGAGCCAGUCAAGAACAGUAUCUGGCAAUGGUGGGAGUCUUCUGUAUUCCUCAGUAUAGAUCUCACCCAGCGGCCACCUGUCCCUACCUGGCUGUUUUGUCCCACUUCCUGGUUAGGUAAGCACAUGCUAUAAGAACCAUAUUGGUCAGGGAUAGGCCAAACAAAAUUGCACAUGGUAAAGUAAAACAUGUUAAUGUCUUCUAUGUUGUAGUGACUCAAGUAGGAAUCUGAUUUGUUCCAUUUCUAAUGCCAGCUGAAUUCAGUUGACUUUCACCCAAUCCUCUAGACAUUUCAGAUGCUUGAGUUCAGAUAGUCCAAGAGUAAACACACACACACACACACAGAGGUUACCAGACACUUAGAAAAUGAUGGCCUCAUUGCAAGUUUGGGUCUGAGCAUAGUAUGGCUCAGCCAACUUCAAAUAUACAAGAAAACACUGGUGGGAGACCUAGAGACAUCAGGCAUAAAUGUUGGGUCAGAAUGGCUGGGAGAGGUAUGGCUGGGCUGCUGCAGCAGGAGGUGAUCACCAAGCCAAGAAGCAAACUUUGCACAUUUGCAGCUUCCAGCCCAAAGAAUGCCUUUUAGGCAGCAACCACAUUAACAGUGACUGUGCAGAAAGGGGACCUCAUUCAGGUCCAGCAGAAUGAAUGGACCCCCAGUACUUUAAAAGUGUCUGACUAUUCAGGCUGCACACCAACCACCUCAGUCUGUCUGGAGGUCUGAUGAGCAAUUUUACCUUUCCACAGAGCUUUGGUGAGGUUGGCUUUUUAGUAGGAAGGACAGGGAUAGAAAAGGCUGCGGCAAAAGAUCAGGGUUCUACAAAAGCUGUGAGUGGUAAUAGCUUUUCCUUAUAUCCAGUUAUGCAAUAUGAAAUGAUGGAUGCUAGCCUAUAACAAAAUAGGCCAGAAGAAGCCUACUUCUGGCAUUGGUCACUGAAAACAUUUUACUGUAAAGUGAGUGAGUGGGCAUUUGACUCUGGUGCUACAAACCUAACAGAAGAGCAAGAGAAACAUAGGCAUGAAUUUUUGGGGCCAAUCAGGCUAAGGCUCUCAGAAAAUGGUUCACUCUCCCUUGCUCUGUAUAGGAAUCCAGCUGGCCUGCCAUAAAUAGAGCAUACACUGGGGACAGCCAAUUCUUACCGACUAGAUUGUAAUUUUCCAAAUGGACUCUGCCAAGAACCCCCACGCCCCCAGUCCCCUUUUGCAAGAGGAUCUCACUAUGAAGCCAAGGCUGGUCUCAAAUUUGUGGCCCUGCCUGCCUCAGCUGGGACUACACAGGUGUGUCUACCACAUUUGGCUUCCUUAGCACUUUAAUGUUAGACAAAUAAGAAUUUUCUUGCCCAUCUGACCUCAGCUACCAGAGGCAGGUCCCCUCUAAUUCUAAGAUUGGGUGGAUGCCAAGAACAGAGUAGCAAAGCCCCCCUCCCCCAAUCCUCUCCAUGCCAGACUGUACUUCCUGCAAAAACUUCCUCCUUACAACUGUGGGACAGCAGGGCAGAGCGACUGAUGAGGCAUUACAGUGGCACUGUUGUGACGAGGGAGGGAAGAGCAAGCUGUGUAUAAAGAAUGUUCUGUGCUUUACAUGGCUAAUUUACAGGGUCCACAAAUCCCAUUGGAGGCAAUCAUCUCUAGAAAAGUUGGACAGGAAAAAGCCAAAGAGCAGCAUGCAUUUCUGAUAUAAAAACACCUUCAGUUAGGGAUAUCAAGUCCAAAUAACUGAGGUACACACCAACAGAAGGCCAGCCAUGCAGGAGCUUCCUCAAACUAUUUACAACUCCAAGUGGCUCACUGGCUUCACGAUUCGGAGUUACAGGGAGCUUAUUUGGGAUAAAUACUUAAAAAUACAGUAAGACAGUUUUUCUUAAGUUGAAAAGGAGAAGAGAGGAGGGGAGGGAAAGGAGAAGAGAGAAACAAAGUGUCAGCGUCCUGGUCAUCCAGGUGGGUAAGGACGGCCUUGCUGAGAAAGUAGCUCCUCUUUGGAGCCAUCUGAGGGGCCUAGUGGGCUGAGGCCAGCAGCUAUACCUUACACAAGACCAUGGAGGUUCAGGGUCAAGCUCCUGCUGGGUCUUACUGAUGACUAGGAGGGAAAACAGAAGAGGGAUGGCUCCUGACCAGGCCUUUCCAAGUGUUCUAAUGGCUUCAACUUGGAAGAUUUGACAGCAAGUGUGAACUGGUGUGUGUGUGUGUGUGUGUAUGUGUGUGUGGCGAGUGGUGUUGCUGCUGUUCCAUUAGUCUUCAGGUUCCAAGAAGGUCUUAGUAAAGGAACUGGCAGCCAGUUGUGCUUCAGCUGAUAGAACAGCUGGUUUCACGACUCAGAAUGCCAAGAGGGUUUGUGGCAACAGAGGCAGGUGAGGUCUACACAGCAGCUUAUAGGUCCACAGGUGAGUGUGGCAUUAAAGUCCCAGCCUCAGAUCCUUUCUCUAACACCCGUGUUAUCUUCCCUUCUGGUUGAUGUAGAGGUGCCUGGGAGACAGCAAGAGAUGCUUAGGAAAUUUCUGGAAGCAAGCCUACAGGCUCAUCCACUCCUCUUGGCCUAGGGUGUUGUUAGAGGGCUUUGGUUGUCACAAGAUCCAGACGCCUAGGGUCUCAGCUUGCCUGGCUCAGGAGUUCUUCAUGAGGCAAAGAAAGUGACAGUGGGUGCCCCAGGCAGAGAGCAGCCCAAACAAAGUUUGCUGUAUUCCUCCUGGCUCCACACUGAUGCAUCCAGCAAGUCUGAUUCUCGCAGCAAGCUAUACAAUGUUCUCUGCCCCAGGGAGGGGCUCUUGAGGGGGACCACGGUCCUGUUUACUGUGCAACUGGGCCAGCUGCAGCACCGGCAUAUUGCACAGGGGACACACUUUCCGGACUUCCAGCCACUUAACAAGGCACCUGUAGAACAAGACAGCCAGGUGGAAGACAUCAGCUCUAGACUUACAGUAAGCAAGGAGCCUAGGGUGGGAUCUCAGCCCUAGAGUCCACAUACCUGACAAGCCAAAGGUUUCUAUCUCACACAAGGUAACAAUGGUACCACAACUAACACAUGUGUGACUUCCUAUAAAGUAUGCCUAUGUAGGAAAGCAGGAAAAAUAAAAUUUCCAGAAGAGGAUAUGAAAUGUGUCUGUAGAAAGGAAGGUGGCCCUACAACACCAUGUAUAUAUCCACACUAUUUGUUGUAACUGGUUGUGAUUAAAAUACAGCUUCAAGAGAUGGAAACAGUUGUUGGAAAGUUCCAGCCAAAGAGCUGUUUAUAGAAGUGCAGGAUGGGCUGGAUCUCUGCCCAACCCUGCAGUGGUGGUCAUGUUCCAUUUCCCUGUUCCCUCCUAAUGUCACGUACACAUGCAUGUGCCCCACCCUGUGGUGUGCUGUCAGUUUUUACAUUACAGACCCAUUAUGAAGCCAUCACGCUUGGCUAGCAAUGCCCCAUAGCCUAGAUAAGUUGGAUCAUAUUAAAUAUUGUCAUUACCAGUACUCACUUUCUGUGGAAGGCAUGCUUACAUGGACAGAUCCCCAGUUCGUCUCGAGGCUUGAAGUCUUCUAGACACACAGCACAGAGCUGAAAGUUAAGUCAUAGUGGGGUCAGUGUCUACCACAAAACAUGGUGUGGGUUCCUGAAACUCAGCUUGAGGGGAUCAGGCUGCACAUUCUGUACAUCUGUAGUUAAAGUCAGCAUAUAGAAUAAUGUUAAAUGCAAUCCUUAAGACAGGCAUGUUGAGUUAGUUGUGCCUACAAGCCCAUGGGAGGCUGAAGCAAGAGGACUGUUGUGAAUUCAAGGACACGUUGGGCUACAAAUGAGAACCUGUCUCAAAAACAAUCCCUGAAAAAUCUUGAGACUUUGUGUAAGGGCUAAGCCUCAUUAUCAACCUGACUGGCUUUUAGAAGUCACCUAGGACACACUAGAUGUUUUCAGAGAGGUCUAACUGAGGAGGAAGACAAACCUUCAGUGCAGGCUGACUAUGCACAUUGAAUAUAGAGCGAGGAGGGGCAGGAAAGCCUUGUGAACAUCAGUGUUUAUUUCUCUGCUUCUCACUGGAGGACACAGUGUGAGCUGCUCAUGCCUUGCUUUCUGCCAGGUCUUCACCAUGAUGUGAUGAAUGGUUACCCAGACUGUGAGCCACAAUAAACCCUUUCUUUAAGUGCUGUCAGGUAUUUUGUCAGUGACCAGAAGAGUAAGUGAUAAGACACAGGAGAGGGAAGGGCCCAUCUUUUUCAGCUGAAAACGAAGGUAUUGAAGCAUACCACUUGUUUUGAGAAUCAUGGAAAGAUUAAAAUACUUAAAAGCAACUUACCUCAUGUAAAUUCAGUUCUUUUACUUUUUCUUUUAAUAUAACCUGUAAGAUAAAAAAAAUGCUCUAACACCCACAUAAAUACGUAGGCAUGCAUUUUUACCCACUGUACCAUCUCACCAGUCACAUGAAUAUGUACAUGGUAGUCAGAGUAUUUGCCUAGCAUGUACUGGGCUCAGGUUUCAAUUCCCACUGCUACAUGCACGGAAGUGAUUGAAGAAUUUCUCAAUUCUGCCGACAAAUAUAUGCAUAUUUUAUAUGUGUAUAUUAUAUAGGUGGAUAAGAAACAUGUAUGUAUCUAGUUCAUUUUCCUUUGAAACAAUAUUCUAACCUUUUGUAAGACAGGACUAGCCUGGGAUUCACUAUGUAGAUCAAGCUAGUCAUAAAUUCAUGGAGAGCUGUCUGCCUCUUCCUGAAUGCUGAGAUUAACAACAUUCUUUUAAAUAUUCUGAAAAGCACUUUUUAUUUUUCUAAAGAUACGUUCGUAUGUAGUUCAAGCUGGUCUUGAGCUUACUAUAUAGCUAAUAAUGACUUCUAACCUCUGCUCUUUCUGUGUCCACCUCCUGAAUGGCUAGGAUUACAGGUGUAUACUCAUGCCCAGUUUAGGGGGUGCUGAGGAUUGGACUUAGGACCUUGUGCAUACUUGGCAAGCCUCUUCUAACUGAGCUACAUCUUCAGCUCUACUUCUGAAUCUUCUUGAGGAUAGAGCAAAUCUUAACACAUGCUCAUCUGGAUUGUGAUGAAAUUGGUGGAAGCAAUAACCACAAUUCAGUUAUGUGGCAUUGGUUGAUGAGAGUAAUUCAUAAAAGAUUAAAAUGUAAAGUCAAUUUUAAUUUUGGAAGUGUAGUGGGAAUUCAUUUCUGCCAGUAGUUUCGGAAUCUUAGGGCGUGGCUUCGAUGUGUGACAUGAUCUCUUAUAAGGAAGAAGAGGGGUCUCACUUGCUGUCUUUUGAGGUUAUGGUCUGAGACCUGAUUGUCAUCCUGUGCCUCUAAGGACAAAAGACCACGGCAGCUAUUUACCUUUAUUAUGUAAGUGAUCCCCAAAUAAAUAUGUUAUUCUUUUA